ACAAGAUUACGUUGUUACUUCUCAGAUUCUUUUUUGUUGUUGUUUGUUGUUGUUGCUAAAAAGGUAGAAUGAAAAUGUAUCAAUAUAUAAAGUAACAAUCCAAAAAUAACACACAAUUGACGAAUAUUCAUAACAAAAAUUGCAACGCACAAGCAACGAUCUCUUUUCGGCUGGUCAGAAGAAGAAUAAGACAAAAAGAAUACAAUCAAAAAAUUAUAUUGCAAUCAAACAAUUUAAUGGUGCAAGUGAAGAGAACUUGUAAAAUUUUGUGCAAUUUUUUUCUCUUCUUGUUGUCGUUUCAAAUUUUGAAUCAAUUCAAAUCAAAUUAUAUAUCAAAAUACAUGGACAAAACGUGCGAUAUAUGUCUUGUUACAACGAACUAAUGAAAACAUGAACUGAUCACUGCUGACAAACCGAACGAGAUAAAUGUUAUUACAGUUUAGUGUUUAUGUGUUUCAACAAACAAUUGUUUUUUUAUCUUUAUCACUAUUUUUAAAAUCUUUUGUUUUGAAAUCAUUUUUAUUUGCACCACACACACACACAUAAAGUGACACAUCAAUGAAGUGCAUUAAAUAAUUUGAUCGAAAAUACUUAGUGCUUUAUUUUAAAAAUAUCAUAAUUUAGCAAAAGUGGAUCGUUGAUUAUUUCUUUGUGCGAUAAGUGUAUACUUAAGUAAAUGUUAACCAAUUUCCAGUUAUACAUUGUUAAUCGGUCGGUUUAGUGUAGUGUUGACAUUUCUAUCAAAAUGCAAAUAUUUGUGAAGGUGACGAUUUUUUAUUUAUUCUUUGGAUUCUUGUUAACUGCAUAUCAUCAAGUAACCAGUGAAAAUGUAGAUGAUCUCGAACCAAUUUUAUUAACUGGACCAAAUGUUUGCAAACGCAUCGAAGAGUUUCCUGUUGAAGUUGUAGUCACAGAAAAGCAACCAUAUCAAGAGCGAGUAAAUAAUUGGUGUCUUGCCGUUCCGCCAAGAUGUUCAGGCUAUAAAAUAAAAUUUAAGACAGUUAACAAGACCGUAACUCUAAAAAAGGAACGAGUCAUAGCGGAAUGUUGUGAUGGAUAUGCCAAAAAUGAAGCUGGAGACGCAUGUAAACCAGUUUGUACGGAUUGUAAACAAGGCAUUUGUGCUGGUCCAAACAAAUGUAAAUGCAAUCCAGGCUUUUUUGGACCCAAUUGUGAUAUAAGUUGCCCGACAGGACAGUGGGGUCGAAAUUGUACGCAAGCAUGCAAUUGCGAACAUGAUAGCAUAUGCGAUCAAUUCAAUGGCCAAUGCAAAUGUACGAAGGGCUAUCGGGGUGAUCGUUGCGAAUUGGAGUGUGAAAGUGAUCGAUAUGGUUUGAAUUGUUCGGAACCAUGUAACUGUAAAAAUAAUGGAAAAUGUCAUCACAUAUCGGGUGAAUGUACGUGUGCGCCAGGUUUUACUGGUCCAUUAUGUGGUGAACUUUGUCCAAACGGUACGCAUGGCGAAGAUUGUAAAUCAGAGUGCAAAUGCCAAAACGAUGGUUCGUGCAAUCCACAAACCGGUCAAUGUGAAUGUCCACCCGGUUGGACCGGUGAGGUUUGCGCAAAUCGAUGUCCGGCAGGAUUUUACGGGAAAAAUUGUGAGCAACAGUGUGAAUGCUAUAACAAUGCUCGUUGUCAACAUAUUAGCGGUGAAUGUGAAUGUGCUCCUGGAUAUAUUGGAACAAAAUGCUUUGAAACUUGUCCUAGUCAAAAAUAUGGAUUGAAUUGCGCAAUAGAGUGCAAAUGUAAAAACGGUGCACAAUGCAAUCCAGCGGAUGGAAGUUGUUCAUGUUCAAAGGGUUGGAAAGGGAUUUACUGUGAAGAGCGCGUUUGUGCAGAUCAUAUGUAUGGUGAAAAUUGUGAAUUGACCUGUGAAUGUGACAAAAACACCACGAAAACUUGUCAUCCAUAUACGGGUAAAUGCGAUUGCAAUGCAGGAUGGAGUAGUAAUUUAUGUAAUCGACCAUGUCCAUUCCUUACUUGGGGCGAAAAUUGCGCAAAAGAAUGCAAUUGCAAUGGCGCUCAAUGCAAUCCGAUAACUGGAGAAUGUGUUUGCGCUCCCGGCUAUCAAGGAAAAACCUGUGAAAAAGAAUGUGAUGAAGGUUUCUAUGGUGAUUGUACACAAAAAUGUAAUUGUACCAAUGGUAAAUGUAGCCCAGAGACUGGUCAAUGUUUCUGUAACGUUGGAUGGAAAGGUCAUCAUUGCGAUAGACCAUGUGAUGAAGGAAAAUUUGGAAAAGACUGUAAAGAGCAAUGUAAAUGCCAAAAUUCUGGCGCUUGCAAUGCAAUAAGUGGCCAAUGCACAUGCAGUGCGGGAUGGACGGGUGAACUUUGUGAAGAAAAGUGCAGAAAUGGAACAUUUGGUUUUAAUUGUAGUCAAGAAUGUGAUUGUAAUUUCAACAAUUCGAUAGCAUGUGAUGCCGUUGAUGGUCGAUGCUACUGCAAAAGUCCAUGGACCGAAGGGAACGACACUGAUGUGGAAGGUGUUAAUUGCGAAACAAAGUGCCCACCUGGACUGUACGGUGAUAAUUGCGAAAAUGAGUGUCGAUGCUAUAAUAAUUCAUCGUGUGAGGCACAAACCGGAAAAUGUGUUUGCAACAAAGGAUGGCGAGGCGAAGACUGUUCAGAACCAUGUCAAGCAGGCUAUUAUGGUUUAGGUUGUAAAGAAAAGUGUCCGGAUGUAGUGAACGGUAAUAAGACGUGCGAUCACGUGACCGGUGAAUAUGUUUGUACACCGGGAUAUAUAGGUCUAACGUGCGAGCAUCCAUGUCCAGAUGGAACUUACGGUCCACGUUGUUUGCUGAAAUGUAUGUGUGAAAAUGGUGCCGAGUGUCAUCAUAUUACCGGUCAAUGUCAAUGUGCUCCAGGUUGGACUGGCACAUCGUGUAACGUACCAUGCCCGGAUGGGUAUUUCGGUCAAAAUUGUAAUCAAAUUUGUAAAUGCAAAAAUUUUGCAAGAUGCCGAAAAAAUGACGGAUACUGUAUUUGUAAUGCUGGAUGGAUGGGAGCUCAUUGCGAAGAUGUUUGUCCAGAAGGUUUCUAUGGAAAGCACUGUAUGGAAUUCUGUUCAUGUCCAUCGCCACAAUUCAUUUGUCAUGCAGCCCAUGGAUGCGUAUGCCGUGUUGGAUUCAUGGGAACGGAUUGUUUAACACCAAAAUCACAAUUUUCAGAACUGCAAACUGGUCAAAGUAAUGCCAGUAUAGUAUGGGGUAUUAUUGUUGCUUUAUCAUUGGUUGGCGUGAUUAUUUUCAUUUCAUUGUAUUUCCGUCGACGGGUUCGAAACUUAAAAACGGAAAUCGCACAUGUUCAGUAUAUUGCUGAUCCGCCUUCACAGCCGGAUCGACAUCAUUUCGACAAUCCAGUUUAUGCAUUCCAACCUUCAACGUCAAACGGUUCGGAUAGUACCACACUGCUAAACAUAAGAUCACAACACAAACCAUCGAAUCUCAGCCGUGCUGGUGCUUAUUCGAUUGAUUACAACACAGAUAUGCUUCAGAAAAAUUUAAAUGCUGAUAUGACCAAUCCAAAUGUAUACCACAGCAUUGAUGAGAAUUUCGAAGAUCAUGUUUACGAUGAAAUUAAACAAAAAGACGGCUAUCCAGACGAAUAUGAUCAUCUAGAUUAUUCGAGUAGGCCAGGCAGCUCAUUUAAACCACACUAUCAUCGCAUGAACGAUGUAUUGAAUAUUACAAAAGAUGAAAAAGAAGUAAAAGAAUCGAACAUUGAAAGUAAUAAUUUGGAUAGACCGGGACGAUCUUUAAUGGAUUCGAAGGCGUCUUAUUCAAGUGGCGAUUCAAAUAGUUAACUCUUGAAAAUCAUAUGAAUCAAUUGAUUUGAAAACACAACAGUCUUCGAGUGAAUACGCCAACUUUAUAAUAUUGUGAGCUUAGUAUUGUGCUUUUUCCUGAAGUAUUGUGCUUUUUUGUACAUGAAUUUAUACACUUUUUUUCUCUAAAAUGCUCAAUUAAAUCGUGAAAAAUGAACGUAAACACAGAUUAAACAGAUGGUUGUAUGCUGUUAACAAGCAACAAAUAUGCAGUACAGAAAUAUCUUUUUUAUAAGCAAAUUUUACCGAGUUGUGAUUUAAGAAACGUAAACCACAUUUAGAUGUUUAUUGAUAAAUAAUGUAUUUGAAUUGUAAAACCAGAGAGUUAUUCUCUUUUGUUUGUUUGUUUUAUAUUUUAAGUAUAACUGUGUAUCAAUAUGCCAAUGUUAAAUUAGUGUAAAUUUUUUAACAUACGAACGAUGUGAUUUUUUGGGACAAAUAGCCGAUACGACGGAAGACAGUUUCUCUCCGAAAUUCGAUGAAUUCAUUGAGAUAAUAUAUUUUUGUACCAAAACAAAACAAUUACCGCAUGCAAUCAAACAAAUAUAUGGAACAAAGUGUUCAUGCUCCUCA